AAACCAAGCAAGAAGAAAUGCUCUGCAGUUCUGCGCAGGAGAAGUUCUGGGUUGCUCUGCAGGUUGGUUCUAGGUUACAGAUAUGUCGAGGAGAUGUGGUUGAACAGUGAGGACGAGAGAACAAGGAUGAGAUGCUCAGACAACUACUCGGGGUCCGAGGGUGAAACUGUGAGAUGUGUUACCAGUGUCCAACCCCCUCCCUCAGGCUCAGUGCGUAGGGUGGGUGGGAGUUGUGACGUGGGACCUGCCUUAUAAAAGCCCUGAGACGGGAGCAGGUACAUAGAAGACUAAAGAGAAGUCAUGCCGACCCCAAACAUCUCUGGAUCUGCAGGGAAGAGCUUCAGGAGGGCUGUGUCUGAACUGGACCCUAAACAAGCUGAAGCCAUUCUGACAUUUGAAGCCAAAAUCCAACACCUGGAGACACGACCCGGGAGAAAAUCAGUGGGGACGGCUGAGGAGCUGGAAUACUUUGUGCGCUGUGAGGUGCAUCGUUCAGACCUGAGCACCCUAAUGAGCUCCGUCAGGAGAGUUUGUGAAGAUGUGAGGAGCACUCGGGAGGAUAAAGUUCACUGGUUUCCAACCAAAAUUGCUGAAUUGGACAAAUGUCACCACUUAGUAACAAAAUUUGACCCGGACCUGGAUUUGGAGCACCCGGGCUUUUCAGACCAAGAAUAUCGCAAGAGGAGGAAGAUGAUAGCAGACAUAGCAUUCAACUACACCCAUGGUGACCCCAUCCAGCGAGUGGAAUAUCUGCCUGAAGAAAUUGCAACAUGGAAGGAGGUAUAUUCCACCCUCAAGAGCCUGUACCCAACUCAUGCUUGUAAGGAAUACCUGGAGGCCUUCCAGCUGCUGGAGGCACAUUGUGGUUAUAGUGAAGACAAUAUCCCACAGCUUCAGGAUGUAUCCAACUUCCUAAAAGAGAAGAGUGGGUUCACGGUGCGACCUGUAGCCGGACUUUUAUCUGCCCGGGAUUUCCUUGCGAGUUUGGCGUUCCGAGUUUUCCAGUGCACCCAGUACAUCCGACAUGCGUCCUCCCCAAUGCACUCCCCGGAGCCGGAUUGUUGCCAUGAGUUGCUUGGACACAUUCCUAUGUUGGCAGAUAAAACCUUUGCACAGUUUUCUCAGGAUAUCGGUUUAGCAUCUUUGGGGGCCACAGAUGAAGAAAUAGAGAAGUUGGCUACGCUUUACUGGUUCACGGUGGAAUUCGGCCUGUGCAAGCAGGAGGGGCAAGUAAAAGCCUACGGCGCCGGCCUGCUCUCCUCAUUUGGGGAACUGCUGCACGCAUUGUCAGAUGAACCAGAGGUUCGGCCCUUCAACCCAAAUGAGGCGGCGGUGCAGCCAUACCAAGACCAGAAUUACCAGCCUGUAUAUUUUAUAUCAGAGAGUUUCCAUGAUGCCAAAGAAAAGCUAAGGAGUUACGCUUCCCAUAUAAAGCGCCCAUUUGCAGUCCGUUUUGAUCCAUACACUGUGAGCAUUGACGUUCUGAACUCACCGGGCCGGAUUCAAACGACUCUGGAGGAGCUAAGAGAUGAGCUACAGACCCUUUCAAGUGCUCUCAGUACAUUGUCAUAACACACAACCCUCGUCUUAUUCUGUCACCAACAGAAACACCAAAUUCUACCCCAAAACUCCAUCUUCUGCCCAGCGCACCCCCUAUUUUGUGCUACUUAAUAGCGUGAUGUAAAACAAAAUCAUCCGCCUCUUGCAACCCAUCUCCUCUUAUCUCCAACUUAUUCAGUGUCCUUUCAUAUUGAAUGGUCUGAUACAGCGUAACCUACCGAACAACUGUGUUUGUAUUUUGUAACCGAUGCAUUAAAGAGAAAGAGUCCGCAUAAGGGAUGAAUCCUAGAGCAGUGCAGUACAUGUGUGCUACAAAAUUAUUUUUGUGUUCACAGAAGUGAAUUGUGUUGACAAAAUUAAUUUUGUGGUCAGAAAACAAACUUUCUUGGUAUAGAUUCAUUUUGAAAUGCCUAAUUGAUCAUUGGUGAGUCAUUGGGUCAAAGUCUUGGCCUUGCAGGAUUCUGAUUGGAAGUAGGGCAGUUAUUAAAAACCUGCUGAAGACUGGUCAAGGCAAGCUUAGAUUCAUCCACCUCCCCUGCCUGUAUGAUUUCAAGGGCAGAACUAAGAUCAUCACACUCCUUGGAACUCACAAUGUAACAUGGUUGCUGAGGUUGAAAAGGGAGUUAUUCACUUGUGUUAUUUGUCUCUAUCAUAUAGUUAAUGCAGAAAUGUGCUAAAACAUUUAUUUGUGACCACAAAAUUAUUUUUGUGUUCACAGAAUUGAAUUGGUGCAGACAAAAUUCAUUUUGUGGUCAAAAAAACAAAUUUUCUUGGUAUGGAUUCAUAUUGAAAAGCCUAAAUGAUCAUUGGUGAGUCAUUCGGUCAAAGUCUAUGAUUUCAUGGGCAGAACUAAGAUGAUCACACUCAUUGGAACUCAUAAUGUAACAUGGUUGCCGAGGUUGAAAAAGGAGUUAUUCACUUGUGUAAUUUGUCUCUAGCAUCUAUUUAAUGCAGAAAUGUUAAUUACAAUAUUAAAAACAUGCUGUUUUCGUCAAACAUUUAUCUACAAGCUGCACAUACUUGGCCUGUAUGUAUCAUGUGUAAUAGACAUAAGCUGCUGCUCUGCAACCACAAAAAAAAAUGUUGCCCUAUGAGAAUAAAAUUAAUUCAUCUAUGUGAUUUUCUGCCCCAAAAAAGUGUCAGGGUUAAUUCCUUUAUGAAGAUGGAAUCGGCAAUAUAACCUCUCACCACAACCAUAUUGAUGGAGUAAAUGAUGUGGGUAUGGCCUUCAUGGUCUCGGGUUAACUGUAUAUUUACACCGUCACCUUAGUUGUUAACAAGAACCUAAACAUUUGGGGAAGCAAACAUGCUUUGGUUAAGGACUUCCCACUGUACUUUUAAAGCAGUUUGUGGCAGAAGAAAGACAUAGAAUAUAAUUAUUAGUGACCUAUCACCACUGGUAUCAGGACACACUCUAGUUCAGUGACCUCC